UCGUGGACACCGGCUCGGGAGCCUCCGGUGCCACUGGGGUAGAUGGCUCCCUCUCCUGCAACCCUGAACUGCCGGAGCGGGUGAGACCGCCUUUAAUCCGUCAUGACUGGGACAGUGACUCUCAAAUAGGCUUAUGGGUGAAGAAUUUCUUGGGGGGUGGAGGGUGUUAACAAUUCAGAUUUCCGAGCCACCCCGACACUCUGACGCAUUGAAUCUCGCGUGGCUCGAGGGGUGUCAGGGCUUGUCGGAUGACUCCGCCUCUCGCCUUGAAUUGGCCCCUCGCUCGUCCUGUCCCUGCAGAUGAAUCUCCCUUCCUGGUUGGUCAGCGGUGAAUCCGUGGCGAGGUCUGGACCAAUGGGCGUUCUAGUUCGCAGAACGUCACCUGGAGGUGGGUCCCCAGCUGGCGCCGUUGGCCGUGGACGGCUAACUCUCGCGCUGAGACUUCCGGCGGGGGAGCGAGCGCGGAGUUCUGCGAGAAGCGCGGCGCCCAGGUCCGUGCCUAGGGAGGCCCCGGGGAGGGCUGGGCCGAGGGCUGGCGCGGCGGCUCCUGGCACCGACUGAGAGGCCAAGGCGCCGCAGGCGGCUGCGGCCCGCCUAGAGCGGGCUCUUCGGCCGCGACCUGAAGCCCAGGGUCCUCGGGCUUCUGCUGACGCCGGCCAUCCCUGUGCGAGGCUGGGGGCUCCUUUCCAGGCGGGCACCGCUGGUUUCCCGGGUAGGGCACUCCGGGGGCCUGACGAUGGCGUCGGGCCCGGGCUCCCAGGAUCGGGAAGGGCUCCUGAUAGUGAAACUGGAGGAGGACUGCGCCUGGAGCCAGGAGCUGCUCCCGCCGGACCCGGGGCCCAGCCCGGAGGCCUCCCACCUGCUCUUCAGACGGUUCCGCUUCCAAGAGGCCGCUGGGCCCCGGGAAGUCCUCAGCCGGCUCCAGGAACUUUGCCAUGGCUGGCUGCGGCCUGAGAUGCGCACCAAGGAGCAGAUCCUGGAGCUGCUGGUGCUGGAGCAGUUUCUAAUCAUCCUGCCCCAGGAGAUCCAGAGCAGGGUGCAGGAGCUGCACCCGGAGAGCGGCGAGGAAGCAGUGACCCUUGUAGAAGAUAUGCAGAGAGAGCUUGGGAAACUGAGGCAGCAGGUCACAGACCAUGGGCGGGGAACAGAAGUGCUUUUGGAGGAGCCUUUGUCACUGGAAACAGCACGAAAGGCACCGAGCUUCAAGCUGGAGCCAAUGGAGACUGAGCGAAGCCCUGGUCCCAGGCUGCAGGAGCUGCUAGGCCCCAGCCCUAAAAGGGACCUCCAGGCUGUAAAGGAGAGGGCAUUAUCUGCUUCCUGGCUUUCUCUCUUUCCUCCAGAAGGAAACAUGGAAGACAAGAUGACUGGGCCCCAGUUGCCUGAGAGCUUAGAGGAGUGGGGGCAUCAGGAUCCUAGUAAGAGGGCCCUCUCCAGGGACAUGGUGCAGGGGAGUUAUGAGAAUGUGGACUCACUGGAAUCUCAGGUUCCCAGUCAGUAGGCCCUGAGCAUCCAGGUGGAACAAGGAAGAAAACCAUGGGAUCCCAGUGUCCAGAUUUGCAAGGAGGGACUGAACCCCAGAAACCCAGCUCCAGAAGAGAAAUUUGAGAGCCGGGAAGAAAGUGCUUAGUCUAUUUCUCCUGAGAACAUCCAUCUGCAGGUGCUUCUGACUGGCCAGGCCAGAGGGGAGGUGCCCUGGAGUCCUGAGCAGGGACGGCCUGGGGACAGGGCAGAAGGACAUUGGGAGCUUCCACCAGAGGAUCAGAUGGAGCAGUCCAUAGUGGGAGCCACAAGUUGCAGAGAAGCAGGCCGGCCAAAAGAACUGCAGCUGAAGAAGUUCCAUGUAUGUCCCUUGUGUGGCAAAAAUUUCUCUAAUAACUCAAAUCUAAUUAGGCACCAGAGAAUACAUGCAGCAGAAAGACUGUGUAUGGGUGUAGAGUGUGGUGAAAUCUUUGGUGGGAGCCCACACUUUUUAUCACUACACAGAGCACAUUUUGGAGAGGAAGCCCAUAAGUGCCUUGAAUGUGGAAAAAGCUUCAGUCAGAAUACCCACCUGACUCGCCAUCAACACACCCACACAGGCGAGAAGCCCUAUCAGUGUAAUGUAUGUGGAAAAAGCUUCUCUUGCAACUCCAAUCUCCACAGACACCAGAGAACACACACCGGUGAAAAGCCCUACAAGUGCCCUGAGUGUGGCGAGAGUUUUGCUCACAGUUCCAAUCUCCUUAGGCACCAGAGAAUACACACAGGAGAGAGACCCUAUAAGUGUGCUGAGUGUGGAAAAAGUUUCUCUCGAAGUUCCCACCUUGUCAUACAUGAAAGAACUCAUGAGAAAGAGAGGCUUUUCCCCUUCUCCGAGUGUGGGGAAGCAAUGAGUGACGGCAGCUCCUUUCUUACAAAUCAUGGAACCCACAAAACAGAGAAGAAACUCUUUGAAUGUCUGACCUGUGGGAAAAGCUUCCGGCAGGGCAUGCACCUCACCAGACAUCAGAGAACGCACACAGGAGAGAAACCAUAUAAGUGUACCCUUUGCGGGGAAAACUUUUCUCAUAGAUCCAACUUAAUCAGGCACCAGAGAAUUCACACAGGAGAGAAACCCUAUACCUGUCAUGAGUGUGGAGACAGUUUUUCUCACAGCUCCAAUCGGAUUCGUCAUCUGAGAACCCAUACAGGAGAGAGACCCUAUAAAUGUUCUGAAUGUGGAGAAAGCUUUUCUCGGAGUUCACGCCUUAUGAAUCAUCAGAGAACUCACACCAGAUAGAAACAUAGAGUUUCAUUUCACCACAGAUAAGGUGGCAUAUUCAGAGGGGACUGCUGUUGAGAGCUGGUAUUUCUUGCCCUGAUGACCAAAAUCAUUUGUGUUGUUUUAUUUUUAAAUUUAUUUUAUUGAUUUCAGAGAGGAAGGGAGAGGAGAGAGAGAGAAACAUCAAUGAUUAGAAUCAUUGAUGGGCUGCCUCCUGCACGCCCCCCCCUUCACUCCCCCCCCCACUGGGGAUGGAGCCCACAACACAGCAUGUGCACUGACCAGGAAUCUAACUGUAACCUCUGGUCCAUAGGUCAACGCUCAACCAGUGAGCCGUAGGGG